AGGCCAUGUGUUUCGAAAGUAAUCAUACGUCUUUUUGAGAGGUUGUGAAGGGGAUAGUCAUGCCUGAGCCAGCGAAGUCAGCGCCCAAGAAGGGUUCGAAGAAGGCCGUUACUAAGACCACCGGCAAAGGAGGAAAGAAGCGCAAGAGAUCCAGGAAAGAGAGUUAUGCUAUCUACGUGUACAAAGUUCUGAAGCAGGUUCAUCCUGACACUGGAAUUUCUUCUAAGGCGAUGGGAAUCAUGAAUUCUUUCGUCAACGACAUCUUCGAGCGCAUCGCCGGUGAAUCAUCUCGUCUCGCUCACUACAACAAGCGCUCCACCAUCACAUCGAGAGAGAUCCAGACCGCCGUGCGUCUGCUGCUGCCCGGUGAACUGGCCAAACACGCCGUGUCUGAGGGCACAAAGGCCGUGACCAAAUACACCAGCUCAAAGUAAAGAUUCAUUUUGUGAUCAGCGAACCCAAAGGCUCUUUUAAGAGCCAACCAUGUUAUCAUUAAAAGAGCUAGAUACUUAAUAUUUUUUUUCUUUAAAUGAAAAACGUUAUUGGCUGUUACGGUUGGUUUCUUUUAAAUUGUGAUCUAUUUGGCACAAUCCAGCUCUGGUGCCUGUUUUCUCCCUGUUUUAUAGUAAGAAGCUCUCAUAUCUUUUUAAGGCAGUAAUAACGUCAAGUUGAUGUCUUUGUUUUAUACCAACACGUUAAAUUUCAUGUUUAUUCAUGAUGUGUAUUUCACAAUGUAAUGUUUUUUAUUUUUUCUCAGGUAUUUAUAUUUGCAGUCAUUGUAUAUUUUAUCAAAUACUGGAUGCAGCAAUAUGUAUAUUAUGUACAAACAGUUUAAAUGCAGUUUACAGGUGUUUAAAUGAAAUUAAGAAACUUAAAUGCUGAAAAAAACUAACUAGUAAAAAAAAUAGGAAGAGAUAAUAUCUAGACUAUAUGGCUUGUAGACACAGUAGAACAUAUAUGAUUGAAAGGUACAUGAGAAGAGAAAGCACAUA